GUUGUCUUUUCACACUAGGUCCACCGGGGCAAUUUCGUCUUUUCGUGGUAACCGACCUGAACAGUGAGGGGUACAUAGGCGGCAAAUUUUCUUUUCUUCUCCUCAGAAGUUCUUUGCAGAGCUAAAUCAGCAGAUAUUUUACAGAGAGCUUCUCAAUUUGUGCGCUUACGUUCAGCCAUGAAUUCGUUGAAUUCCACCUCAAUAAUGACGAAAAGGUGCGCGGAGGUAAAAAGCAGCGCGAAAGCCUUGGGCCAUAGAUCUUCAGCUGCAACGCGUUGUGAGCCGUUGAUCCAGAAUUAUUCGAAUUUUAAGCGGAGCUCGUGCCCGAAGCGCUUGAUGUUCUACGAGAACGGAUCGUGGGUUGAUUAUUCGGAGGAAGUGGCGGAUUUGUUGAAAUUAGGGUUUGCGGAGGGGAGGCCGAUGGUUGAGGCUCAAGUCCUCGGGUACAACUGUUUCUUUGACUUGUACCGCAUGCUUGAGAUUGAUUUGGAGUCCGGUAAUCAGCGGUCCAUUGCUUGGAUUGAUGCUGAUGGUAAGUGCUUUUUCCCCAAAACGUUUGUCGAUAGCUGUGAAAAUGAUCGUGAGGUUGAAUUGGUCGAUGGCGAUAAGAGUUGCGCCAAGAUCGAGAUUGAUAUAAAAAUUGUUGAGAAUUCAGGGAAUCACGAGGGUGUGGGGUUGAAGGAAGAUGUAAAUUUUGGUAAGAGGGGGAGAAGCGAGAAUGUAGAGAAGGGAAAAGUGGAGGAGAGUUUUUGCGGCACCGCUGCAAAAAGGCUGAAAAUGGUUGAGAGCGAGUCGCAGUCCUCGCGGUGGCCGAAGGCCAGGAAUUUGGCAGCUGGGGAGAAACGCUAUGCAAUAGUAAAGAAUUUGUUCUUAUCCGGGCUGGAGAAUGUGGAGCCGGGUGCUAGGAUUACCUCCAUUCAUCAGUGUGUGCGGAUGGGACCCUUGGAUAAAGCGCGAUCAGAGAUUUUCGCGAAGCAAGUAGAGAUCAAGAAACGAGCUAGAGGGGAAAGUAAUGUGGUUUUUGCGUGGUAUGGGGCGUCAUCCCAGGGAGUGGAGAGCAUCUUGAUGCAUGGGUUUGGAAUACCUAGCAAGUUGUCUCGCUCAGCCGGUCAUGGCAUUGGAAUUCACUUGUCGCCUAUUCGGUCGCCCCAAAAUAGUGCAAUGUUGGCAGAGGUGGACGAGAAUGGUGAGAAGCAUGUCAUAUUGUGUAGAGUGAUAUUGGGAAAAUGCGAGAAGGUUGAAGCAGGGUCACUUCAGUCUUAUCCGUCAAGUGUGGAGUAUGAUACUGGUGUUGACGAUUUAAACAAUCCUAGGUGGUAUACGGUGUGGCAUGGCAACAUGAAUACUCAUAUUCUACCAGAAUGUGUUGUCAGCUACCGGCCUGUAAAUAUAAAUGGUUCUGUUAAUAGUGUCCCUAAGAAUUGGGUUCCUCAUCCGUCGACAUUUAUCGCAAAGCUAUUCUCCAAGCUGAGAGGUUCACUUCCUUUGCCGCAGUUUUGCGAAUUGCAAACUUCAUGGGAGUCGUGUAAGGAAGGAAAGUUGGGAAAAGAUGCUUUCAUGAAAAAAUUACGAUUACUUGUUGGAGAUGAUGUGCUGCGCUCUGCCAUUCAAGAAAUUCGUGGCUGAGAAUAAGUCUUUUGUACUUGUAUUUUACUAUGUUUGUAGUUGUCAGAACAGAAUUAGGUCUUUCCGUCAAACCACAUAAUAGGGAAUUCUUAUCAAAUGUCUUGAUCUAUUGAGAAACAUAAUCAAAUUAGGAAGCUAGUUUGAUGUGGGCUAAAUUUUUUUUACAUUGUUGUCUUUCUACACGUAGAAAUUAGAGAUAGAUCUAAGCUAGAGUAUGAACAGUUCUACAACUUCUGUUUUCUAGUUCUCUUAUUAUACUGCAUGCUUUUGUUCAGCAUCAA